AUGGCAGACCCGCUGACUCAUGGGAGAACACCGCGUUUCCUCAGCUCCAGAGAAACAGACAAGACGCUCAUUCACGUCUUCCUCCACCACAACUGCUCGUCUGUCCCCACCAUUUUUGCUAUUUUAUUCAACAACACUACAGUAAAGGCGCUGGUGAUGCUGAAAAGAGUUACAUGGCUUCAACUUAUGCUUCUGAAAAUGCAAUAUGGCAUGAAGGCGACACUUGUUUAG